UGGACGGAAACGUUUUCAGUGUCGCCAGAGCAGCGGACGAGCUAAAAGCCUACGGGACUUUCAAGAUGAUCGGCUUUUGGAUUCGCAAAACAAUCGUACUACUAGUCUGUGCCACUCACUUGGGGGCUGGGCAGCUUAUCUUUCAAACAACACCAAGCCCGUUGGGCCAGCAGUCAUCGGGGACAACACCAGGUUCUGUUCCUGGCUCUGGGCCAAGCUGGGUACUGGUCAACAAUGUACGGGUACCAGGCACUAUCACACCUUUCGUCACACCUCCGCCUGUGACGCCACAAUUCCUCGACUGCUUCGGCCGUUGCCCCACUACUCCCGAGUACAAUCCCAUUUGUGGCAGCAACAUGCAGCUCUACUUAAAUGAGCAGAAAUUCAACUGCGCUCGAUUCUGUGGUGCCGAUAUUCAAAUCGUGAGACGCGGAAGCUGUGAGGGUCUUUUUCAAAUGACACGCGGCUGACAUCAACAGUGCUUACGGGCCACAAAAGCUUAGCGUAUUAGAUAAAUAAAAUAAAUUAAAAUUACAUAUAAAAUUUAAAAAAUAAUUAGAACUCUUAA